AUGUUUCUGUCCCAUGUCUGUCAUGUGAUAUUCACACAGCUUGAAAAAGUGCCUUAUUCGUGAUCGCUUAUUUAUAAUUUGCAGUUUUCUGUUCAAUUCAUAAAUCUGCUGAUCUCGGCAGAACUGCAGUAUUACGCCUAAGUUAUAGAAGGAGUGCUGACAAAAUGGUUGAAGCUUACGUUCCUCCCGUCAUUAUCACCUGCAUCUGGGCAUUCAUUGGCAUAAUUUGCCCCUUCUUUGCUCGCGGCCCCAACAGAGGCGUGACUCAAUGCUGCAUAAUGCUUACUGCUGUUACCUGCUGGCUCUUUUGGCUGUGCUGCUACUUGACGCAAUUGAAUCCACUGAUUGGCCCCAAACUAUCAAUGAACGAAAUUAUGAUCAUGGCACGUGAAUGGGGCAACGAAAUCAAAGACACCAUGGAUGUCGUAGCAUAAAAGUGGAAACAUGCACACAUUCCUUUAUUUUAAACUUUGUUAAUAUUUCUGUCAUUAAUUUUGUUCCCAUCCCACAAAAAUUAACAUAUUUUUUCAAGUGCCCUGUUAUAAA